UCUGUGCUCAUCUUCUUGGACAUUUCUGCAGCGUUUGACACAGUUAACCACCAGAUCCUUAUUUCCUCCCUUCAAGAACUAGGUGUCUCAGGAUCUGCACACACCCAACUCAUUCUCUCUUUUCCCAGCUCCGACACACAUGUAGCAGAACGGAUCUCCGCUUGUCUGACAGACAUCUCUCAGUGGAUGUCUGACCAUCACCUGAAACUCACUCUCGACAAGACUGAGUUUCUUUUUCUCCCAGGAAAGGGCUCUCCCACCACAGACCUAACCAUCACCCUCGACAACUCUGUGGUAACUCCGUCUCAUACCGCAAGAAACCUGGGUGUGACACUUGAUGACCAUCUCUCCCUUACUGCCAACAUUGCUGCAACAGCUCGAUCUUGCAGAUACAUCAGAAGGAUACGGCCUCUUCUAACCCAGAAGGCGGCACAGGUUCUGGUCCAGGCUCUUGUCAUCUCACGCUUGGAUUACUGCAACUCCCUCCUGGCUGGUCUCCCUGCGUGUGCCAUACGACCCCUGCAACUCAUCCAGAAUGCAGUAGCUCGACUGGUCUUCAACUUACCAAAAUUCUCCCACACUACACCUCUCCUCCGCUCCCUUCACUGGCUUCCUGUAGCUGCUCGCAUCCGCUUCAAGACUCUAGUGCUUGCGUUCCAUGCUACAAACGGAUCCGGUCCAGCCUACAUCCAGGACAUGAUCAAAACCUACACCCCAGCCCGCCCACUUCGCUCUGCAUCGGCAAACCGGCUCACUGCCCCCUCACUGAGAGGAUCGCAGAGGCAUUCACAGAACUCGAGACUGUUCACUGUCCUCGCUCCCAAAUGGUGGAACGAGCUCCCCAUCGACAUCCGGACAGCGGAAAGCCUCCACAUCUUCCGCCGCCGUCUAAAAACACAUUUCUUCCGACUCUACCUCGACUAAGACGAUGACGACAAAAAAAAAAAACAACCUAUACAUCGCACUUACGACUAGCACUUCAUAGUUUGGUUUACUUGAAGCUCUUACUUACUUCUAGCUCUUAUUUGUACCCAAAUGUUUAAAUGCACUUAUUGUAAGUCGCUUUGGAUAAAAGCGUC